UUAUUUUUAUUUUUAUUAUUAUUAUUAUUUCAUUAAAGUCUCGCUGGGGCCGGUGCGCUCGUCUUUGCCGCCGCUCCUGCGAGGCGCCCGGGCUUGGGCGCUGCGGAGCUCGCCUCUCCUGCCUCUCCCUCCCCCUCCCCAGCCCGGCCCUACCCCCCACCCCCGCCCGGCCCGCUCCCCCAAAUGAGCGCUGGCUCGCCCGCUGGAUCUAACGCAAGGACAUCGCCCACCAGCAGCGGAGGGAAGAGCGCGGCCGCCGCCUUAGCAGCCGCCGCCGCCGCCGCCACCUUCUCCUCCUCUUCAGCCCAGGCUCCGGGAGCCGCGUGCCCGGCGCUCUCGCACCUGUCCCCGGAGGACCCCCUGCGCCAGGCGAACCGGCUUCCCAUCAGGGUGCUGAAGAUGCUGAGCGCCCACAGCGGACACCUCUUGCACCCGGAAUACCUCCAGCCCCUCUCCUCCACGCCCGUCAGCCCCAUCGAGCUGGACGCAAAGAAGAGCCCUCUGGCGCUGCUGGCGCAAACCUGCUCGCAGAUCGGCAAGCCGGACCCUCCGCCCGCCUCCAAACUCAACUCCGGCGCUUCGUCCGGGCUCGCCGGGCCGGACAAGGAGUCAGGGAGCCGCGGCGGCGCCAGCGCCCUCAAGCAGCUUGGCGAGCCGCCGACCGAGGACAAGUCCAGCUUCAAGCCUUAUUCCAAAGGCGGCGGAGGCGGCGAUCCGCGUAAGGACGGCGGCGGCGGCCAGCCGAACCAGGCCGGGCCGGGCGUGGAGAAGACGGGCUUCCGCGUGCCCAGCGCCGCCUGCCCUCCUUUCCCUCCGCACGGAGCAGCCGCCGCCGCCACCGCCUCGUCCUCUUCCACCUCCUCCUCCCCGGGCGGCUCGAGGGGCAGCUCCCCGCAGCACGCGGAUUGCAAAGGCGCCGACGACAAGAAGGAGAUGGAUAUGUCUGCCAAGGCCAGCCCCGACGGCGCGCAAGGAGCCGGCGGCAGCAGCACCCGCACGGGCAGCGGCGCGGGCAGCGCGGAGCCCGGAGCUCAUAACGAGGCCUCUUCCGGGCGCAAGUCGGAGCCUCCGUCCCUGAGCGCGGGCCACGUGGCUCCGGUGUCCCCAUACAAGCCGGGACACUCGGUGUUUCCUUUGCCCCCCUCCAGCAUCGGCUACCACGGCUCCAUCGUCGGGGCCUAUGCUGGCUACCCCUCCCAGUUUGUGCCCAGCUUGGACCCUACCAAGCCCAGCCUGGUGAGCAGCCAGUUGCCUGGCGCCUUGGGGCUACCGGGCAAGCCCCCCAGCUCCAGCCCUCUGACGGGUGCCUCACCCCCUUCCUUCAUGCAAGGAUUAUGCCGCGACCCCUAUUGCCUGAGCUACCACAGCGCCUCACACUUGGGCACUAGCAACUGUUCCAGCUGCGUGCAUGACCCGGGCAGCCUGAAAAGUGGAUAUCCCUUGGUGUACCCACACCCUCUGCACACCACCCUCUCCAGCGCCACACCCAGCCUGCCGGGCCACCCGCUCUACACGUACGGCUUCAUGCUCCAGAACGACGCCCUUCCCCACAUAUGCAACUGGGUGUCUGCCAGCGGACCCUGCGACAAGAGGUUUUCCACCUCGGAGGAACUGCUGGCCCACUUACGGACCCACACGACACUGCCAGGGGCAGAAAAACUCCUGGCUGGCUACCCUACCUCUGGGCUGGGGUCCGCGGCAUCUUGCCACCUGCAUCUCCCACCCAACGGCCCCGGGAGCCCCAGCUCAUUGCCAGGAUCGCUGUCUUUGAGAAGCCCGCACACUUUGGGACUAAACCGGUACCACCCUUACGGCAAGAGCCACUUGCCCACGGCCGGAGCAUUGCCUAUGCCCUCUUUGCCCACAGCUGGACCUUACUCUCCAUAUGCCCUUUAUGGCCAAAGACUAACCUCAGCCUCUGCACUUGGAUAUCAGUAACUACAGUUGCCCCCGGUGUCUGCCGCCUCUCCCUAUUCU